AUGGAUCAUAGAAAAGAGUUUGUGUGUAUAUUUGCAAAUGGACGAAUUUUUAAUGGCCCGGUCGGUGCAACAUUUGAGUGUGAUAGAGCGAAAGUAGUGAAAGUUGAUCCAAAUAUUACAUUGGAUAGAUUGAAGGAAGUUAUUGGACGAAAACUACAACUUCCUCCCAAUGAAAUUGUGACAAAUCUAGUGUACAGAUAUCCUACGUGCAUAAAUCCACCACAAUACCAAGCAUGCAAUCUAGAAGAUGAUUCGGAUGUACAACAAAUGUGGCAAGUGAACCGUCGAUUCUCAACUCAGUUAACAUGUGCAGAGUUGUAUGCCAAUAUAGGUGACUUGGAAGAUGUUGGUCAUAUUGAAUCACAACUAAUGGACAAAAAUGCUGGAAAUACUCUUCCAUCAAGUAGCAAUCAGCUGAACAUUAUAGAAGAAGAAUCCAUGUUUAGCGAUCAGAUGGAAAAUCUUCACCCAUUUGAACUUCCCCAAGAUGGUAUCAACAAUGGGUCAUCUUGCUCUGUUCCUCAAAUGGAAGAUACUAUGGAUGAAUUUGAGGACGAAGAUCAAUAUGAUUCUUAUUUAAAUAUUGGUGAUGGGAAUGAUCAUGAUGACAAUGAUGAGCAUGACGAGAUCAACCAGGAUAAUGAGCUAGCAUCUGCUUUCUUCUCGCAUAUUAAUGUUGAGUCAGCUAUGGCUCCUGAGUUCAGUGAAUUAGAAGAAAUUCCACCUUUCAGUCAAAAUGAAGAGUUACAUAUCGGAAAGAUGUUUAGCAAUGUUCGUGUUUUGAGACGUGCGGUCAAGUUAUACUCUGUUCGAGUUCAUCACACAUUCAAGGUCUAUUAUUCAUGUAACAAGUAUGAAGAAUAUCGAUGCAUUAACUAUGGUGAAAGCUGCAAUUGGAGAGUAAGAGCUUGUAAGAAGGAAAACAGAAACUUUUGGCAAAUUACAAAAUAUGGGGGGCCCCACACAUGCUUAAGCACAUCACUAACUCAAGACCAUCCAAAGUUAGAUGCUGAUGUUAUAUCAUCUUGUAUCAUAGCAAUGGUAACUGAUAAGCCAAAUGUGAAAGUAUCUCAAAUUAUAGAGAGGAUGCAAUCCAUGUUUGGUUAUAUAGUGUCAUAUAAGAAGGCUUGGAAUGCAAAACAAUUAGCCAUUGCCGUUGCUUUCGGGAAUUGGGAGAUCUCAUAUUCCUUACUCCCAAGGUGGUUGGCCGCAGUACAACACUUCAUGCCUGGAUCAUACGUACAAUUUUCAAAUAAACAGUGCUCUCAAGUCAAUGCGAAUGGGGAACCAGUUGAAAUGUUUCGUGUGUUUUGGGCAUUCAAGCCAUGCAUUGAUGCCUUUCCACAUUUGAAGCCCAUUAUACAAGUUGAUGGAACAUUUUUAUAUGGAAAGUAUAAGGGCACGUUACUAAUGGCUAUAUCACAAGAUGGUGACAGAAAUGUUGUGCCGCUUGCAUUUGCGGUAGUUGAAGGGGAGACAAGAUCAGCUUGGACAUGGUUCUUAUACCAUGUGCGUCAUUGGUAUGCGUAUGAAUGUCAUGUUGUUGACCAACAAUUAGCAGAGAUAGUAUUGCAACAUGCAUCUGCUGCUAGAUGGAUUGGAGCCAUCCCCAAAGAAAAAUGGUCACGUGCAUAUGACGUUGAAGGUCGACGUUAUGGACACAUGACAACUAACCUUGCAGAGUGCAUGAAUGGUGUAUUCAAAGGUGUUGAAGUCUACCCAUAA